UUUGAAAGGAGUUUUGGAAUAUCCAAAAUAUUGGUUUAAUGAGUUCCCAGAUGAUAAGAAUCUUCAAAGAGAAUACUACAAGAAGAAGCUAGACCAUAGUAGGAAAUAACUGGAAGGUUCUGGCACAAGUGUUGAAAUAUGUGUUUGUGACACAGCUUGUCUACAUUCUUGGCUCUAAGAAGGAACCUUUUUGGUCCAGGAUCAUUCUCCUAUCUGCUGAAAUAUUGUUCAUGCAUUUAAUCCCAAAAGGACUUAAGAAGCACGACUGGAUAAUCAAUUACUCAGGAAUUUUCAUAUCUUCAGCAAUGUAUAUCCAGAUGACUGAAGUCAACCUUAGGUUUACGACGUUCAGGAUUAACGAAGGCUACUUGGUACAACUAAUGGUAGGAUAUACAUUCAGCACGUGCGUUGCUACCAAUUGGAAAGUUUGCUGCAUGAAUCAGUGAUUACUGCACCUUUACGGCUGGGUCAGACUCAAAAAUAGGUUUGGAGUUCUCAACGAUAUUUACUAUCUUGGAACAGUAUAUGCCUUAGUGUUCUUCAUUUUCGGCUCAUAUUGUUACUCGAUAAACUUGAGGGAUGAAUUUAUUGCUAACUACAACAACAACAAAACUAUGAAAGGACAAAAGGAAAUCCUCAACAGUUUACCUGAAGGAGUACUUAUUGCCAACAAGCACAAUGAGUACAAAUACACGAACUCUAAAAUUAAGCAGACUCUCAACAUCAAAGAAUUUUGCAGAUCUAAGUCAGUGCAGGAUGUCGUCAAUUUAGCCCAAGAUAGGGCAAGCGAGAGGCUUGAGAAGAUUGUUAAAGAUCUUUCGUCUCAAGACAUACGAGGGCAUAAUAAAAUUUCACUUGACUCUAAUCUUAUGCUGGUAGACUUUCUAGAAAAAUUCACAAUUGAGUGAACGAGCUCGAAGUUUCUCCAAGAUGAGCAAAAUCUGUCCAAUCAACUUGAUGAAUCCUAUCAAAGUGAUGAUCAGCAAUUUCAGAAUUUUGAUGAAUACAGGAGAAAGAAAACACUUGGCCAAUUCUUGCAAAAUGAACGCAAAUCAAUGAUUAGUGGGAUUCAUUGCAGCAAAGAAUCCAAGAUUAAUAUAAAAUAUGAACUUGGUGAAUUCGAAGAACUGUUAUACCAACAGCAUCGAGAAUUCAUAGUCAAAACAACCACUGUUGAUGCAGCUGGUUCAUUAGGAAAAGACUCUUCAUACAUUCAUAUGUUCGUUGAAACCACCCAGAUAAGUCAGCUUGAAGAAGCCAAGGCUCAGAAUCAUUAUCAGCGUCAGAUGCUCUCGAAUGUGUCUCAUGAAUUCAGGACACCUCUGAAUUCGAUUGUGGCUUCUCUUGAGUUGAUGCGAAUGCAGGAUUUGGGACACAGCAACAGGCUCGUCCGAAUUGCUUCAUCUUCGUGUAGCAUUCUGGGGAUGCUAGUCGAAGACAUCCUGGAUCAUGCCAAAUUGGAAUCAGGAGUGUUCCAGAUCAACGAAGAAGUCUUCACUAUUACUGAGUGUUUGCACGAAAUACAGGAAGUGUUCACAUUGCAAGCUGAUGGCAAAGGACUCCAACUCAGAAUAGACAUUCAAGACAAGCUGAGAGAGCUGCCAAUCAUGUCAGAUAAAGGCAGACUCAAACAGGUGAUUAUGAACUUGGUGUCUAAUGCACUCAAGUUUACAGACAGAGGGUCAAUCACAAUUGAGAUUCGUGAAAAACAAAAUGAGGAAGAAUCCAAACAUGCUGAAGAAUCAAAAUUCUCAGAAAGUGGUCAAUUUUGAAAUCAAGAGUAUUUUUGAGACAUGAAAAAUAUUGACAAAGAUGGAAGCCUUGAACUACCUUCUGAAACAUCAAACAACAUUCAAAGCAGACAUGACUUCACGGACUAUUGCUUUCGUACAAAUAGAUCCAUAUUAGCUAGCAAUGCUGAGCAAGAAUCGAAGUUCGAAGCCACAAUUGAUAUCACUCUUAAAGUGAUCGACACUGGCAUCGGCAUCUCCAAAGUUGACCAGAAGUCUCUGUUCAAACUCUUCGGUAAACUCAGCUCGAACCAUAACAGAAACAAGACUGGCUGCGGGCUCGGUCUCACGAUCUGCAAGAAGAUUAUAGAGAAGCUGGAUGGGACAAUAAGCUUGCAUUCCGAAGAAAAUAUAGGUACUACAGUUGAGUGCCAUUUCACCUGAAAGUGUUAAUUUGGUUAAAUCUUAUAAGAUCC